CCUGCUACGAGACCAGCACAUUAUGUACAGGUGGGGGUUUCCAGAAAUUGAUAAUCCAGCGAAACGGCAAAGUUACUUCAAUCAACUCACAAGAAGAGGACCUGCACACCCUAAGCAGCUGGGGCCUACAGAUUCCCGAAACUGCGGAUGCCAAGCAACGCUCCCCGAGACUCCAACCAGACUGGAAGAAA